AUGCCUGAAACCUCGGAGCGUACGCCCCUCUUGCAAAGUGGGCUGCCGACGGCUCGGCAUGGGUGGGAGUCCUCACCGAAACCGGUCCGGUCAUUCGGGACGAUUCGACCAUUGCCGCCGAGCGGUCUGAGCAGCUCCAACGACUAUGGCCACCCUCCGAUACCCGACGAACUACCACUUGGGAUUGAUUUACCUCGAUGGCACAAGUUGGCCAUCUUGACCGGAACCUUCGUCGCCGUCUUCCUCAGCUCGGUCGACACGACCAUCACCGGAGCGCUGAUCCAACCCAUCGCGCUCGACUUGCGCGAUGGCCCACACCAUCGAGCUGGUUGGCUCGGGCCUUCUUAUUUACUAUCAAGUUUAAUCUUCACUCCAUUUUAUGGGCGACUAUGCGACAUCGUCGGAAGAAGAAAGGCCGCCUUUUCCGCCGUGCUGUUGUUUCUGCUCGGGACUCUGGGAUGCUCAAUAGCACCGAGCAUGCCUCAUUUACUCGGGGCCAGGAUACUCGCUGGUUGCGGGUAUGGUGGCAUGAUGACCACCAGCGCGGUUCUCACGGCGGACCUAUUCGUACUGAAGGAGCGGUUACUCUACGGGGGUAUCUCUGGCGUGUUUUGGACUGUGAGUCUCAAGCUUGUCAUCCCGAAACCCUCGACACGCUGACUGAUACGGGCGCGAUAUUUUUCACCCGAGGCAGUGCGGAGCAGGACUAGGCGGUCCUCUCGGGGGGCUUAUGUAUGGGUUCUUUGGAUGGCGAGCUGCGUUCAUGGUGCAGGGCAAGUGAUCGAGCCCGAGAGACAACAGCUGAGGAGUUUAUCGACUUACGUUAACUUCUCGUCACCCGCAGUUCCGGUACUAGUCGCCGUUCUCGUCGGAAGCCUGUGCUUGAUCCGCUAUACUACCGACAUACCACCAGCCCUAUCCAGCUGGAACAUGCUCACUCGGAUCGAUUUUGGCGGCUGCGCGACCCUCCUCCUCGCCUUCGGCACAUCCCUCGUCUCCCUGGGCUUGCUCAACAACGACCUACUCUGGUCAGAUUCCAAGGUCAUCUUCACCUCAGCACUCGUGCCCGUGUUUCUUGCCGCCUUUUUCUACAUCGAGAGCAACAUAGCCCGGGAACCGAUUCUCCCCCUGGGCUUGCUUAAGCCCAGGACGCCGUUCUUUGCCUUAGGGGUCACCUUCCUCGUUGCCAUCACUAACUCGGCGCUCCUGCACCAUCUUCCGAUCUACUUCAUGACCGUCGAAUCGAGAUCCGAAGUCAACGCGGCGGCACACCUGCUACCUGUGAGCAUAUCUGCUGCAAUCGGCGGUCUGACGAGUGGGAUAUGGAUGUUCCGAACGGGACGCUACUGGGGCGCGGGUUUGACCGUUUCGAUCGUCGGAGGUGAGUCGCAUUUUCAAUCAGACUCGGCUCCUUGGGAAUUCUAACAUCAUCAUAUGAGAGCAGAGAACUGAGUGCGAUACAUUUUGUGCCUCUUAUCUCGGUGUCAUCCGAUCAGCAUUGGCGACCUAUUCGACUCUGCUCCUCCAACCCUCCCAACCCGAGCUGCUCAAAUGGGUCCUCGUAAUACCCUUUGGUAUCGCUCCUUCCGUCGCUAAAGCAACCUCCUACGCCGCCAUGAUGGCCUACAUACCUCCAACUCAAAUCCCGAUCAUUUCAGGGGCUCUAUGGGCCUUCCGAUCGGCAGGACAAAUCAUUGGACUCGGAAUAUCUGCGACCGUUUUCCAAAGUUUGCUUGUGUCGACGCUGAGGGAGGAAUUACCGAAGUCGGUUGCGGAUGAAACAAUUCAUAGAUUGAGAGAUAAUUAUAUGUUCCUCAAUACGCUGGAUCCAGAAUUGAAGGCGACCGCGAAGAAGGCGUUCGCUAACGCCACGAAGGGGGCUUUCGGAGUCGCUGUGGUAGGGGUGACCUUGACAGUGAUAAGCUUUGCACUCGUGAGUCCGUCUACAAGAAUCAGAUUGGACCGAGUUGAAUCUGAGCAUCCUCUUCUUGAACGGACUUCAAACAGAUCCCUGUACAUUCCCUGGCCUUGGAGCAGAAGGAUGUGCCGCGGGCGGCGGUGGCGGUGGCUGCAUAG